AGCCUGCCCCUCUCCCUGCCUCCCUCCCUCCGCCUGCCUCCUUCAUCCCCUCCGUGGAAGAGCGGCCCUCGUGAGACACUCUUCCCUGGCCCUGGCGGCAGAAGGUUUUUAUCUCCAGCACUUCCUAGUGCAGCUGCUUCCUGAUUGUUUGGCAUUUCUCAUAAAGCCUCCUAGAACGAUGCAGCCACAUCCUUUCUGAUCUUUGCUGACUGUAAGAAGGCACAGAUCUUUUAUUCAGAUCAAGAUGAACUGGUAUAAUGUUUUGAUUGGAUUUCUUAAACUGAAUUUCCUUCAAAUGGCUUUUUCUCACUGCAUGGUGUAUCGGAUUCCUCCACAGAACUUUCAUUUACCUUGUGUGCCUCCUAAGAAGAUUUCUAACUUUUCUUUCCCUUCUGAGAUUGUGGAUAAUGGUCCUAGUUUAAAUGAAGAACAUAAUACAAGUAAAACCAAUGCAACUGCGCUGGAAGCCGAAGAUAAUUUUUUCUGUUGCCACUGGCGUGAAAGAUCUAUUAAUUGUUUUAUAUAUACUGCAGAAAUGGAAGCCAGGGCAUUUACUUAUUCAGAAACUAGUGCAUUAUCAUCUCAUCAAAUAGCUUCAGUAUGGAAUUUACAGCUUUGGACUGAGGAAAACACACAGGAGUUAUUGUGUAUUGCAGAGCUGAUUACUAAACCACCAUACCUGAAUGAAGACUUUACAGUAAACUUGUAUUAUGCGUUAACAGAUGUAUCAUUGGAAGCUACAUCUACACGUUCGCUAAAGGACAACUUUACAGCCACUCACUGCAAUGCUGUAAAAGACCAAAGAUACAUAUGUCGGAUAUCUUCAGCAAAACCCGACCAAAUUUACAUUAUGUGGCUCAAGAUUACAGAUGGAAUAGCAUUACUUCAAUCACCAUUAAUGUCUGUCAAGCCUAUAGAUAUUGUAAAACCAGAACCUCCAUUACAUCUGCAAAUAGAAAUGACAGACAAAGGGCAGUUAAAGAUCUCUUGGUCUAGCCCAGCAUCAAAAGCAUAUCCACUUCAGUAUGAAGUGAAAUGUUUUGCAAAUUCAUCUAAAAGUGUCUGGCAGGUCAUUCAGAUUACUAUGGAAACUUCAUUGAUCAUGAAUAAUGCACUACUUGAUUCUUCUUACAAAGUCCAAGUACGGUGCAAAAGACUUUAUGGAUCAGGACUUUGGAGUGAUUGGAGCACACCUUAUAACAUGAAUUUGCAAGAUGUCAUGUAUUUCCCUCAAAAGAUGCUAGCAAGUGUUGGGACAAAUGUUUCUUUUUACUGUGUUUAUAAAACCAAAGAUAGAAUAAUUUCAUCCAGCAAGAUAGUUUGGUGGCUGAAUUUAGCAAAAGAAAUCCCUAGAAGUCAAUAUACACUUGUGAAUGACUAUAUUGGCAAAGUUACACUGAUCAACUUAAGCUCAAUGAAGCCUGGAGGAAAAUUUCUCUUCAAUGCCUUAUAUUGUUGUAAUGAAAACAAGGAGUGUAAUCACCGUUAUGCUGAAUUGUAUAUAAUAGAUGUUAAUAUCAGCAUAACAUGUGAAACAUAUGGUAAUUUAGAAAAAAUGACUUGUACAUGGUCCACCAACAGAGACCCACUGCUUUCAGAGAGCACCUUGUUGUUAAGGUAUUACAGGAGUGAUGUCUAUUGUUCAGAGUCUCCUACCAUGCCUUCCUAUUCAGAGGUAAAAGAAUGCCAGCCCCAGAGGAACAAUUCUUAUGAGUGCAUCUUUCAGCCCUUUUACCUUCUGUCUGGCUAUACAAUGUGGAUAGAGAUUAAGCAUUCUUUAGGGACAGUUACAUCACAACCCGUGUGUAUCCUUCCUAAAGAAGUAGUGAAGCCGUUUUCUCCCUCCAGUGUCAAAGCCGAAAUCACAGGAGAAAUGGGGCUGCUGAAUGUUAGCUGGAAUAACCCAGAACUUCCAAAGUAUGAUCUCUAUUUUCAGAUUCGGUAUGCUGUUAAUGGAACAGAAAUUAACUGGAAGAUGCAGAAAAUUUCUACUCCCUCCAUUAGCUCUGCUGCUGUAGUUGUCCAGGACCUGUGUGCAGUCUAUGUUGUUCAGGUGCGUUGCAGUGUAACUGAUGGAGUCGGUUAUUGGAGUGACUGGAGUAGAUCUGCUUAUACAAUUGUCAAAGAUAUCAAAGCUCCAUUGAGAGGACCUGAAUUCUGGAGAACUGUUAAAGAAGAUCCAGUGAGGAACCAGAAAAAUGUUACUCUGUUUUGGAAGCCAUUGAUGAAGAAUCUUUCCUUAUGCAGUGUGCAAGAUUAUUUGGUAGAGCAUACGACUUCAGAUAAUGUUACUUGGUCAGACUAUGUUGAAAAUGACACAACAUAUACAUUUUCAUGGGCUGAGGAUGUACAUACCAUUAAGAUUCUAGCCAUCAACUCAAUUGGAGCUUCUUCUGUGAAUUUUAUUUUAACUCUAUCAAAACAAAUGAACACAGUAAACACUGUGGAAUCUCUUAGUGCCUAUCCUGUAAACAGCAGUUGUGUAAUUGUGUCCUGGACACUUUCUUCUGUGGCUUAUAUUAUUACAUCUUUUGUAAUUGAAUGGACAAACCUAAAUGGAGAAGAACAAAUAAAAUGGAUAAUAGUUCCUUCAGAUGUUAGAAAGUACCAUAUUUUGGAUAAUUUCAUUCUAAUUGAGAAAUACAGGUUUAGCUUGUAUCCAAUAACCUAUGAAGGAGUGAUGAAGCCUACAGUGAUGGAUGGAUUCUCCAAAGGUGGAAUUGAACAUCAGAAUGACAUGAAUGUCUAUGUGAUUCUACCAUUAGUUAUCUCAUGCUCAGUUUUGUUGCUUGGAGCUCUGUUGAUUUUGCACCAAAGAAUGAAAAGGUUAUUCUGGGAUGAUGUCCCAAAUCCCAAGAAUUGCUCCUGGGCACAAGGACUCAAUUUCCAAAAGAGAAUGGACAUUCUUUGAAGUCUAAUCAUGGUCACUGCCUGCUGAACCAUUGUGACAGCUCCCAGGCUUCCUGUACAGAGUUG